AUGUUUAUGCUGAUUUUUUUUUCCAAAAUAUUUUGUGAAAUUUUUCUUUUUGACAUCCACAAAAGAAAACAGGAAAUAAUUUUUGAUGUUACAGGAAAUCAAAUAUGUACAGGUUGGUUUAAUAUACUUCCCAAUUCUAAUGCGGAUUUUUCUGUAGUUAUAACUGCGAAUGAUGGCAGUAAAUUUUUUUCAGGAAAAGUUAUAAAAAAAGGUAAAAAGGAUUUUUCUUUUAAUGUGACAGAUACGAAGGAUAUAAAAUGUACGAUGACUGCAAAUUUUUUUGAAAAUAACAAAUCUAAAACUGCUGAGUUGGAAAUCAAAUUUGACACACAGUUUGAUACAUUUAGGAAAGAUGUGGCCAAACAAGUCAGAAUCGAACCGGCGACUUACUCUCUUACAAAAAUUGGCAAUGUUAUGAUGGAUAUGAAUAAUUAUAUUGAUAAGCUUAUUACAAAGUUAUCGCGUGUAGAUGUUGAAAGUAAAAAAACAUUUAUUUUUUCGAUACUUCUAUCAAUGGUUGUACUUAUUGUUUAUGUUAUCGUGGAGAUAUAUCUAUUAAAUCAGAUGAAGACAUUUUUUAAGACUAAAAAGCUUAUUUAA